AUGGACCGACUUCGUAUGCAACGGGCACCAGUUCAUGCCAGAAUUACCAUGCGUCUGGACGAGAUACGCUCGAUUCUUCAGCGCUCCCCUCCAUCAAGAGAAGAGCUAGGAGUCAAAUUUGACGUUCUUAACACGAAAGCUUCAGUUCUCAAAGCCGAAAUAGAAGCAGAGGCUGCUGAAUGCGAUCGCUACUUGGAGGAAAUUGCAACGGCUCGACUGGCCGCUCAGCGGUAUCUUAACGGACCACGAGAAAGCUCGACCACCACCCCUGCUCGGAGUGGAGGACCCUCGGGACACAGCUUGCCAUAUGCCGCGAGCCUACCGAAAUUACGUAUUGAGCCCACCAUCGGAGACCUGUUCUCGUGGCAGUCCUUUUGGGACCAGUUCAACGCAGCGGUCCACAAUAACCCGAAUCUAUCGAACGUACUGAGGUUCCAGUAUCCCCGCUCGCUGGUCAAGGGCAAGGCGGAGUUGGCCAUCAAGGGCUUGGAUCUGACUAACGACAACUAUCCCGCAGCGCUUAAGAUUCUCAAGAAUCAGUUUGGAAACAGGGAUAAAUUAGUCUCCGAACAUCUAGCCACUUGCCGACCAUUGCCGACCACCCGGUUUGUGACAACGUGGGGAAGCUAA